AUGCCUCGUCCUAAAGUUCGCGCGGAAGAUCGUAGACGCGCUGUCAUAGCCUGCGUACCUUGCCAAAACAGCAAGAAGAGAUGUGACUCGCAAACUCCAUGCGCCAAUUGCCGCCGGCGGGACUACGUCCCCUAUUGCAUCUACGAUCCCGAGGCAGCUCGGCCGCGUCGCAUGAGCAGCAAAGGACAACGUCGAGCGAUGAGCCGGAGCAGUGACAUCAUUUCCAGCGGCAACGAUGAAUGCUCUAGUCUUGAUUACAUUGUUUGCUCUGAUGUAGUAAUAUCCGCCAACGAAAGCGAUACACACGAGCAAGUGCAGGCACCUCAGACGCCAGAGUCUACAGUCGGACAACAGUCGAAUGAAACUCCCGACACAACGUUCUCAUCUUGCAUGUCAAAUGUCGGCAGUCAGGAUAAGAGUUCAGAGGGCGAAAACCUAUCAAUGGGCGAUUCCGCAUCACUCUCAUUCCUCGACUUCCUACGUCACACGUUCCUCUGUUAUAUGGGGCCAUCCCCGUUCACCGACAAAGAACGGGCCAAGGCUAUGCUGGAGUCAUCGUAUCCUCAAGCCUCGCACGACAUUGCCGAGGACAGCCCGGACAGCCAGCUAACCUUGGAAGAGAAGCGAGACUACAUCCAGAGAUUCUUAGUCGCAACGACCGGGAUUAUAUAUAUUUACUCUCCUAAACAACUGUUAGAGUUGCUCGAAGAGACUGAAGAAGGCAGGGGCCGCUCCGGCGCCUCUGGUCUAUCCCAAUCUUGCCAAAAAGGCGCCAUCAUCGACUUGGCUAUUGCCGUCGGCGGGCAGGGCUGUAGAACGAGCCCCAAGACUCUUUAUCAUGCGCAGAAGCAUUUUGAUCGUGGUCAAAAGGUAGCCUUUGAGGGUAUGCUACUAGACCCUACAGGUGAUCUAGUAGCCAUCUUUCUACUGAUGAGUAUCUACAUGGUGAAUGCGUGCAAGAGAGACGGGGCUUUUAUAUAUCUGGGUGUUGCGACUCGAGUGGCACAUGCGAUUGGUUUACAUUUACCCGAGUCUUAUCGCAAUCUGACCCCAGAAACACAUAGAUUCAGGCUUCAGGUAUGGAAAAGCCUGCGCAUCUUAGACAUUGCAUUCGGGGCCGUCCUCGCCCAGACCCCAGCCUCAUCCCCAAGACGUGGAAUAAGUAACCCAUCAUUCUCAGUACCAGAUGGCCCAGAACCGUGCACGCCGGAGUUCACGUCCAUGUCAGCAUGCUACGGAGUCUGCACUAUACUCGAACAGAUCACAUAUCACCUCAACAACAAACAAGACACGAAUCUGACGUCGAUAAAAGAACUUCUGAGACAGCUCCGUGACUGGAGCUCAGCAUUGCCAUCGAGCAUGACAAAUUGCACAGUCAGCUCGCCGAUGUCUCCGGAGCAGUGGUGGCAGACGUUGGGCAACUUUGCUGUCUCAGCCUUCUAUUAUUACGCUGUUAUGUUGGCCACUAGACCGAUUCUAAUAUCCUGUAUGCUCGUGAAGCUGAAACGCCUAGAUCGGUCAGAUGGUGCAUUUGGGCCAUAUGGAACAAGCGAUCGAGAGACAAAGGAGUUGGCUCAGGUCUGCAUUGAUGCGGCUGUCUUGCUGGUGGAGACAACGCGGAGAACGCAAUCUGCUGGCCUACUCAUACAGAACAUGACGUUACUCAAAGCUUGGAUUUUCAGUGCCUGUCUCAUCAUGGCCUUUUCCCUCUUCGUUGAGGCCACGCUAUCAGAAAGAUCAGCAACGUUCGAGACCGAGGCAGCUCUACAUAGCGGAAUUGGUAUUAUUCGGGAUCUGGAUCGUACAAGUCCUCAAGCCCACCGCUAUCUAGAUGUCUUAACGGAGCUUCGCAACGCACUACAGAGCUACCGCGAGCGUCUUAUUCCACCUCGGAGAAAGAGCAGUGGGCAAUUUCUCAGCCAGAUCUUUACACUAGACCAUGAGAAAAGUAUUCCAGCAGAUUCAGACACUGAAAUAUCAGCAUUCGCUACGUCUGCUACGCUCAAUGACGCAGGCGAUGAACCAUCUGGAGGAUUGCUGAUGCUGCAACAGGUGACGGAAGCGACGCAGACCAUGGGUAGUAUGUGGCGACUACCAGAUGAAGGCCAGGCAUUUGUUGAUGAAUGUCUGCCCAUGGCACUAGGAGGACCUGAUAUUCACUGGGACGGGAUAUCAGUCCAGGGAACAGAUAACUUUCUGUUCGAUACGGAGCCAUUUACUGAGAUGUUGAGCCAUUUCUGA